AUGAAAUCCUUGAAUUCCAUCGUGGAUGUGGUCUGGAGAGACAAGCUUCCGAUGCUUAUCGCUAGGGCGGUGUGGUACCGCCGCGAUACCUACGUCAUGUCCACCGUCCAAAUAUCAUGGAAAGCCGAUCUCCUGGAUAAUCCUCGAAGUGAUCUACUCAACACCGAAAAGGCUCAAAAGCUGGGACAUCUUCGGCGGGGAGUGUGGUGUUUAGAAAAUAUCCGCAAGACUGGGAUCGUCUCCUCGGCAUUCCUCAUCGUCGUUACUGAAGUUGAUCUUUGUGCCGAAGAGCUCGGUAUUCGUACUUCAAUCAUUGGAAAGAGACCUGCGUACUAG